CAGCCGGUCAUCAGGCAGCGCCGUGUGGGCGUGGCCAUCCGGGUUCCCGGGUCCCUGCAGCCAUGGCUUCGGCGGCCGCCAGUCCCCCCGAGGUGGUCCGCGCGGCCCAGAAGGACGACUACUACCGCGGCGGGCUGCGGAGCGCGGCGGGCAGCGCCCUGCACAGCCUGGCGGGCGCCAGGAAGUGGCUGGAGUGGAGGAAGGAGCUCGAGCUGCUGUCGGACGUGGCCUACUUCGGCCUCACCACACUUGCAGGCUACCAGACCCUCGGCGAGGAGUACGUGGGGCUGGUGCAGGUGGACCCGUCCCGGAGCCAGGUGCCCCAGAGGCUGCGCCGCGGCGUGCUGGUGGCGCUGCACACGGUCCUGCCCUACGUGCUGGACAAGGCGCUGCUCCACCUGGAGCAGGAGCUGCAGGCCGACGGCAACGGCGCCCGCCCGGCUCCCGGCGCCUCGAGGGGCCGGUCGGGAGCCCGGCGCUGGGUGCACAGGCAGGUGGCGGCCCUGCCGGAGCCGCAGAGGAGGGCGCUGCUGCGGGCGGUGCUGGUGCUCAGGCAGGGCCUGGGCUGCCUCCACCGGCUGCACGUCGCCUGGUUCUACAUCCACGGCGCCUUCUACCACCUGGCCAAGCGGCUCACGGGCGUCACCUACGAGCCUCACGGAGGAGAAAGCUGUGUCCCGGAACUCGCUGUGCACCCUGUGCCUGGAGGAGCGCAGGCACUCGACGGCCACGCCCUGCGGCCACCUGUUCUGCUGGGAGUGCAUCACCCAGUGGUGCGACACCAAGACGGAGUGUCCCCUGUGCAGGGAGAGGUUCCCUCCCCAGAAGCUGGUCUACCUGCGGCACUUCCGGUGACAGGACAGACAGAGCCACCGCAGCCGCUGCGGAGCGCCAGGCACAGCCCUCACAGACGUGGAGACCAGGGCGCCCGCCCACACCCUGUCCGGCAGGUGCCUUUCCUGCCUGAGGAUCUCCUCAGACUGUGGAGGGAAGGGGAGACACAGAGCAUGGACAUGAGACACCUCGAUUGGUUGCCUCUCACCUGGGCCCCAACUGGGCCGAGAUCAAACCUGAAGCCAAGGUACAUGUCCUUGAUCAGACUCGAACCCAUGACCAUUCAGUCCGUGGGCAGAAGCUCUAACCGCUGAACCACACCAGCCUUUAUUCACAUGUCAAGUCUGUUCUCCAUUUAGGAUUUGAGGUCUGUCCUGGUCCCUACAGACUCUGAGGCCCUUGCCCCCUCGGGGGCGCCCUCUGGGGCAGAGCCAGCUUGCCCGAGAAGUUUUCCUAACAUUGAGGCACAGACCCCCUCGAGUUUGGCACUAGGACAGCCGCCACCUGUGUCCGCCUACUUCCUGCCACAGCCACACACUGUAUUUGUCAGGUUUGAAACCGUUUAACUCGCACCAGAGACAGAACUUGGCCAUAAAGCCCCUUAAAAGCCGGCGUGUUGAGAGCCCUAAGGGUGGGGCCACCCCCGGCCAGGACCUUGGGUCUGCGUGGCUCCCGCUGGAGUGGCCACGCAGGCCGCUCCCUAGAGGGAAUUGUCCAGCCAGACUCUGUUCUGAGGGAAUGACGGUCAUGGCCGCUGACCGGCCACUGAGCAGAGACCUCCCGCCGAGGGCCCAGGUGGCCGCCACCGGCCCAGAAGUCCUGACUCACACUUGGCCGAGCACAGCCUCCCGCCACGCCGGCCUGGCGCGCACUGGGACGGAGCGCUAGGUGAGGCGGCCGGGCCCUGGCCGCAGACAUGCUGCUCGGGCCCGUCCACUCCAGGUUCCGCAGCGGCAGGUGGAGGUCUGAGCAGUCCGCUUCGAGCAAGAGCAGCCCUGGCCGGCGGCGAGAGCACCAUCCUGUGCACCAAAGGGGUUUUCAGGUCGAUCCCGGGGCACGUACGGGAGGCAGCCGUAGGUGUCCCUCUGACAUCGAUGCUUCUCUUCCCCCCUCCUCUCAAAUCAAAUCAAAUGGACACAUAUCCUUGGGGGGAGGCGGGUUAGAAAGCAGGAAGAGCUCAAGUCCAGGUGGGCAAAAUGGCCAAGAAACCCGUCCACGCCCGAUGGCAGAACCCCAGGACACGGGCAGCUGCUCACCGAGUGUGAGCCCCGACCCCCAGAAAGGACUCCGGCUCCGCGCCUGCCCAGCCCUGCCUCGCUCUGCCCACCCUGUGCCUGGCAGAGUCCCGCGGGCGCUUCUGGAUAAAGACUCCGUGCGGAAGGGGACACCGUCUUUAAUAAAGUUUGAAUUAAAAAGUCA